GACAUGCACACUGAUCAUCAGGGCACUGAUGAUCAGUGUGCCCUGCUGAUCAGUGUAGCCCCAGCAGUGCCACCUGUCAGUGCCCAUCAAUGCCACCUGCCAGUGCCCAUCAGUGCCACAUCACAGUGCACAUCAAUGCCACAUAUCAGUGCCCAUCUGAACUUCCUUUCAGUGCCACCCAUCAGUGCUACCAAUCAGUGCUACCUAUCAGUGCCAGUCAGUGCCACCUAUCAGUGUGCAUGAGUGCUGCCUAUCAGUGCCCGUCAGUGCCGCCUAACAGUGCCAGUCAGUGCCACCUAACAGUGCCAGUCAGUGCCACCUAUCAG